AUGACAUCAGGAAAUAACUUUGACAAGGCUAAAGGAGUCGACUCAGUCCGGAAACACAAGAUCAAAGGACUUUACUUAUUUGAAAGAUGUUCCGGGGGAAUACUCAAUCUCAAGUUUGAUUCGGAAGUAUUAGAGUCAUUUUACUACAAAUGUACUUACCCAAGUUCACGUGGGAGAUUCCGUUUUGGCACUGUAUUAACGGCUUUUCUGUCAGUCGCUUGGUUGAUGUAUUUUUCAAUUCUGCAACAUCCUAGUUGUUUAAUAUACAGGAUCGGAUUCAGUCUUGGUGUUGUGAUCUCACUUACUUAUUUCUUAAUGAGCUUCUUCGACAAACUUUUCAGAUCACGAGCUAUAUUAAUCAGUGUUAGUCACGCAUGGAUUUCAUGCUUGCUUGGCUUGCUUGCAUUUACUCCACCAGAACCUGGUGCUACUUUGGCUUUUAAUCUCAGUUUAAUUCUUCAGCUCAUAUUGAUCACAUAUACCAUGGCUCCUUUGCGCUUAUGGCAGCUGUUGGCAAUUUGUGGACCCGUUAGUGUCUUGCAAAUAGUUUUAGCAAGUGUGAGGUACGACCGGGUCCCAGGCUGGUUUAUACUGUUGUUUUUCGUCGGUCAUUUCUCUGUUCAUUUGAUUGGAAUUAAUCUUCACUUGAUGUCUCAAGUUUGGCGCCGAUCGACAUUUUUACGCAUGGGUUAUAAUGCUUUAAUGCGAAAAGCAUUAAAGAAAGAACAAGAAAUACGCGAUGAUAUGAUUCGUUCAUUAAUGCCUAAUCAAGUUGCACAAGAAGUAAUGCGUGAAGUGGGCAAUGAAAGUUCUAUUGAAUAUGACACUAAUGAUGAUGAUGAUGAUCAUAGGCGUUCAAACGACAAGAAUAAAAAUAAGCAUAAAAGGAAUGAGUCUAAGCAAAGUCACCAUAGAAAAUCGAAAGACAAAAAAUCACGCGAAGCGAAUUGUAUCAAUUUAGGUGAAAGUUUUAAAAUUAGUGGACUCAGUUAUGCUGGUGAUGAGGUAGAUAGUGAAGAUGAAGAUGAAACACAAACUCCAAAAAAAGCGAGUGUUGGGAGUAACUGUGAACAACAGCCUAUACGACAAGAUGACUUAGAAAUGGGUUCUGGGGUUAGUGAUGCUGGCAGUCCUUGUAGUCAAAAAUGUAGCUUAAUGCCUAAAGCAGCUGUUGUACCUCCAUCACGAGCUGUCGCAUUUCGAAAGUUUCAUGUGAAUCAAUUAGAAAAUGUCAGUGUAUUAUUUGCUGAUAUUGUUGGUUUUACUAAAAUGAGCUCGAAUAAAUCUGCAUCACAUCUUGUCUACCUAUUAAAUGAUCUUUUUGGGAGAUUUGAUCGUUUAUGCGAACUUGUUGGUUGUGAGAAAAUCGCCACUCUUGGUGAUUGUUAUUAUUGCGUUUCUGGUUGUCCGAAUCCAACCGAAGAUCAUGCUGAGCGAACAGUGGAAAUGGGUAGAGCAAUGUGCUUAGCUAUACAACAGUUUGAUGAAGAUCAUUCAGAGGAAGUGAAUAUGCGUGUCGGUGUACACACUGGUAAAGUGAUCUGUGGAAUUGUCGGAACAAGACGUUUUAAAUUCGAUGUUUGGUCAAAUGAUGUUACAUUAGCUAAUGAAAUGGAGUCCAGUGGUGAAGCGGGAAAAGUGCACAUUUCUGAGGCUACUUUAAGUUUUGUAAAAGAUAUUUAUGAAGUUUCUGAAGGAAAACCUGUUCAUGAUAUUCGAAAAUUCAAAGUGUUAGUUGAAUUUUUUAAUAAAGAAGAACAAUGUUUCGCCAUUAAACAUACUCAAGAUGAAGCUAUGAUCAAAACAUAUUUUAUUGAAAAACGUUUGGAUGAUAAGCCAGUUGUCAGUUUGCCACCUAUGCAACUGGAAGUUGGUCCAGUUCAAUUACAAAGUAUUAAUAAUGUUUGCGAUAGUGAAACUGUUACCACAAAUAAUAAUCUGCAUGAUGAAUCACGGAAUAUUGACGCAGUUAUCCCAACAGCAAUGAAUACUAGUAUUUCAUCAACCACGGAGAUUCACAACACUCUUACCUCAUGUCAUCCACUUGUGAAUAACGAAAGUACUAAUAAUGUCGCUAAGAAACCUGACGGCAUUACACAACAUAAUGGUGGAGAUAAUAAGAAGCUGGUGGAUAGCAGUCAACUCCCACAAUCGGUUUCAACAGUCUUAACAGAAAAUCGUCUUUCUAUGGAUAAUAAGAACAUAACUAUACCGCAUACUGCUACAACAACAACAACUACUACUACUAUAACUACUUCGUAUGCUAGUAGUCGCGGUUCUGAUGUGGAAAUGUUGCAGGCAUUACAAGAUUUUGUUCAACCUGAUGAAAUUUUCAUUUUUCCACCAAUAUCCAGAUUAAGUUUGAAUUUCUUUGUUCCCAUGGUUGAGAAAAGUUAUCGACGUUUAGGUUUACGACGUCCAAGAACUCACUCUAUUGAGAAAUUAUCAUGGUCCACACCACGUAUCGCUCCAUUUAUUAAUACAAUUACAGAGACAAUAUUGAUUUUCGUUAUUGCUAUAACAUGUUUAAUUGUUUUUCCAGAUGCUCGAAAAGCAGUGAAUACGCCAAGUUUUUAUAUUAUUCUAUUUAUCGCCUUCAUGAUACAUACACUAUUAUUGACAUUGUUAAUUUCCGAUUUGGCUGCAUGGGCCUGGUGUCCAAGACGUUGCAAUAGUAGUAGUAAGUCCAUGUUGAAAACUAGUAGCCGUUAUGAUUGGCGACGUAUAGUGAUUCGGCUAUAUGGGAAGCUGUUUCGUUGGAAUUCACGUAAUGUGAUUGGUGUUUUUAUUUUGAUCUUACCAACAUCUGUCGUUUUGUCGGCCUAUUCUUAUUGUUUAUUUAAUAAAUAUACACCUUUAAUAACACUCGAUGCGUCAUCAAAUCAUAAAGACACCUAUUAUUAUUCUCACAUGUUUUAUGCUACUUAUCGUACACAGGUUGGUUUGUUGUUCACUUUUAUGUUUAUUAACUGUACAUUGUACACAUCGUUUUCCUCUUGGACGAAAACUAUUUCAGCUACAUUCGUCUGUUCAUUGGGUAUACUACUGAUAUCCUUACAUAGAACACUUCAGUACACGUGUUCGCCACAGCAUGCUCAGUCGUGGUAUUCGGCAAUAAAAUAUAGUUUUAAUAGUCCAGCAAUUGUUGAAGAACGACUAGAAAAUCGAAAUUCAUCGUUGUUAUUUGAGUUUCCUGAUUGGUCAUAUCCAGCCAUGUCUGAUAAUGCCGUGUAUGAGUAUAUCGUGAUUGGAUUACUUACUUUGAUUCUAGUCGGUGCAUUGAAUCGUGAGUUUGAUAUUAAUUUCCGAUUAAGUUUUCAUCGAGAUUAUGAAGCUCUACGAGCUAAGGAAGCUAUCGGUCAUCAAAAAUUGCAAGCUGAUUGGCUAUUGGAGAACAUUAUUCCAUAUUAUAUAAUGAAUGAUUUACGUCAGCAUAAUAAAUACUCUCGACAUAUUGAAGAUGCUGGUGUUGUUUUUGCAUGUAUUGCGAAUUUCUCUGAGUUUUAUGACGAACAAUACCAAGGUGGUCAAGAGAUGUUACGUGUUAUGAAUGAAAUAUUUGCUGAUUUUGAGCAUCAACUCGCCUUAUCAAAAUAUAAAGACGUCGAGAAAAUCAAAACAAUCGGUUCAUGUUUUAUGGCUGCUUCUGGAUUAAAUAUGACUGAACGUAAACGCAAUAAACGAUCAGAUGAACAUUUGUGGGCAUUACUUGAUUUUGCUUUGGAUUUAAUUCAUACACUAGAUGAUUUCAAUCGCCAAAUGUUCAAUUUUCAAUUUGAGCUAAAAGUUGGUUAUAAUAUUGGUGAAGUGACAGCUGGUGUUAUUGGUACUACAAAACUAUUAUAUGAUAUAUGGGGUGAUACUGUCAAUGUGGCUAGUCGUAUGUAUUCAACAGGUUUAAAAGGUAGAAUACAAGUUACUGAGGCUGUUGCUAAACGCUUAGAAUCACGUUACAUAUUUGAAUACCGCGAUGAAGUGUUUGUCAAGGGUAAAGGUAAUAUGAAAACCUACUUAUUGGUAAGCCGUCGAAAUAGUUAAGAGGAAGGGAUGGUUAUCGACAUAAUUUCACUGAAAAAAUAUGUCUUACCUGUUUGUUUGUGCUACUAAUGGCCCGUGUACUAUUCAUAAUAAUUUGGUCAAUUAUAGCGUCUUAGUCUCUGGUCACUUGAUCAAUGGGACAAUUUAGAAAAUUUCAAAAAUUAUGAUCUGAAUUUUUACUUUACUACAAAUACAAAAUCCUUUAAUAGAUAUUUUCAUAUACGUGUGUUUGUUGUCGUUCUUCACUGUUAUUUAUCAAAUUAACAACUCACUGCACCACCGUUAUUUUCGCUUAAUCAUAAUUUUUAAUUAAACAUAAUACUUAUCGAGAAAGUAUCAUAUAUUGAACAUAUUAGUUUACACUUGUAAUAAUCAUUUUCCUGACUUUGCCUUUCUUUAUUAUCGUCCUUUUACACAGUGAUUAUUGUUGUCAUUAUUGCUUUCCUUUCAUUUUCCUCAUCAUUUCCAACAAACUUUCAUCUACUGUGCAUUUGUCUUAGACAUCCAUCGUCAAUAUUCUAUCGAUAAAUGACCAUAUAAAUGUAUUAAAUUCUUUGUCUUUAUAUGUUGGCUUAAACAAGUGUUAAUUUUUCUUAUGAACUUGGUCUAAAUAUUAGUUGCAUGUUUUAGUUCAUAUGACAUUAAGCGCCGGACUAAUUGAUUGUUAUAUGUUCCACCUUUAAUCAGAACCAAGCUUAGUUGCCAAGUUAUAUUGGAACUAUAUUCGUCCAAAUACAUGCGUAUGUGUGUGUAUGUGCACAUGAACCUUGUGAACGUAAAUAACUUGACCUUAAGAAUUCAGCUACCACUGUUAUAUUGCAUUUUUUCCCACGAUUAUCUAGACUGCUUUUCACUUGUUUUGUCCUCUUUAUUAUGAUAUUUUAAAAGAAAUUUGGUAAUAAAGUUGAUAGACAUACAUUA